AAAAAAAAUAUAUAUAUAUAUAUUUAUAUAGACCGAGAUUAUGGUAGCUACUAAACAACAAGCACCUAAAGGAAGUGGAGGAUCAGCAUUAAAGAGACUCAAGAAAUCACUUCAAGCAGCAGGCCUUGUAGGUCCUCAAUCAAAAGCUAAUAAAUCAAAAAAAGAUCGCAAGAGGGGAGCUCCAAAAGAAGUAGGCAAAAACGAUGCAGACAAAAAACUUAGUCUUAUUCGUGGUGAAUUCAAUCCCUUCGAGCAAAAGACCCAGAAGACAAAAUUUGAAAUUCUCGGUCGUAAAAUGAAGGGUACUUCUGGAAAACCAACAUUGAGUAAACAAAUUGGUGAAGAAAAUCGUAAGAAAACGUUGUUGGUAGAGAUGAAAAAUAAACAUCGUCAAGGUGGUAUUAUCGAUAAACGUUUUGGUGAAAAUAAUCCAUUCUUGACACCUGAAGAGAAAAUGUUGGAAAGAUUCACAAAAGAAAAGCAGAAAGCUUCUAAGGGUAGUUCUUUAUUUAAUUUGGAUGAUGAUGAAGAAUUUUCUCUUACUCACUAUGGUCAAUCAUUGUCAACUAUGGAUGAUUUUGAUGAUGCUGGUCUUGGACUUAGUGAUGAUGAUGAUGAUCAAAAACAAAUGGACGCAAAAAUUGUUUCGAAAAUGCACUUUGGUGGUUUUGAUGAUGAUCAAAAGGAGGAAGAAGGUCAACGACAUAAAUCUAAAAAUGAGAUUAUGAAAGAAAUUAUCGCAAAGAGUAAAAUGCACAAGCUUGAACGUCAAGCCGCUAAACAAGAAGAUGAUGAAUUGCGUGAAACUUUGGAUGAUGAAUUAAAUGAUAUUAGAGGUCUUUUAGAAACUAAGCCUGCACGUAAGCCUUUACCUUCUCAAAGUGCUCUUUUUAAGAAAGCUGAAAAUGAAAAUGCUGCUUCCGCUGCUGCUGUUGCUAGUAAAUACGAGCAAUCUGUAAAUGAAUAUUCCGAUUAUGAUAAAGCUAUUCAUGAGCUUGCCCUUGAUCAGCGUGCUCAAGCCACAGAUCGUACAAAGACGGAAGAAGAAAUUGCACUUGAAGAAAAGGAAAAACUCGAAAAGGCUGAACGUGCUAGAAAGAGACGUAUGGAAGGUCUUGAUUCCGAAAGUGAAGAUGAACAUCCCAAGAAGGGUUCACAUAAGAAGAGAAAGGGUGCUCCUCAAGGAGAUGAUUUGGAUGAUGAUUAUUUAGAAGAAUUAGAAGAUGAAGUAGAUAAGCUUGGUAAGGGUUUAACCCUUGAAGAGAUUCAAAAUGCUUUCGAAGAUGAAGAUGAGGAUGAGGAGGAGGAAGAAGAAGAAGAAGAAGAUGAUGAUGAUGAUGAUGAAAGCGAAGGUGAAGGUGAAGACGAAAGUGAAAGUGAAGAAGAAGGAGAUGAAGAUGAAGGAGAAACAGAUAAUGAAGACCUUGAAGAUGAGGAUGAUGAAUUACCUGAUUUUGGAGAAGACGAUGGUGAUGAUAUGAAUGAAAUAGGUGCUAAUGGUAUUGUGCAGAAAAAGAAGAAAGCUACACCAGUUGCUUCAAAAACAACCAAGCGUGAAAUCCCUUAUACAUUUGAAUGUCCUACUUCUCAUGACGAAUUUCUUGAGAUUAUGCAAGAUUUGGAUGUAGAAGACUGUCUUAUCGUAAUCAAGCGUAUUCGUGUUCUGUAUCAUAUCAAAUUAGUACAGGAGAACAAAGCUAAAUUAGCCCAGUUUUUAGAAGUAUUGGUCGAUCAUAUAGCUUAUGUUGCUUCUACUGUUUCACCUAUGCCUACACAUGUGCUUGAGAAACUUAGUAUUCAUAUCUUUGAAAUGGCUCAACAGUUACCGGAAGCAGCCGAUAAAAUAUUUGUGGGUAAAUUAAAAAAGAUGCAAGGAGAAAUGGCAAAAAAGAUGAAGCAUACUGGAUCAUCAUGGCCUGAUGUAGAAGAUAUGACUCUUUUACGUUUAAUUGGACACAUCUUUUCUGUCUCUGAUUUAACACAUCCUAUUGCUACACCUGCUUUAUUAUUUAUGUGUCAUGCUUUGUCUCAAUGUCGUGUGGAAACGGAAAUAGACAUUGGUCGUGGUUUAUUUUUAACUUUAUUAACAUUUGAGUAUCAAACUAUUUCCAAAAGAUUUAUGCCUGAAUGUAUUAAUUUCUUGAACAGAUGUUUAAUUUUAUUAUCACCAAAAGAAGUUUUUAGUGAUAAGCAUCAAACCCCCGGCUAUUCCCCUUUCCCUGAUAGAUAUAUAGAUUUUUCCAUUGAAGAUUAUAAAGGAAAUAAUAUGAAGUCUGUCUCAAACCUAAAAUUAGAACAAUUGGUAACUGAGUCUGACCUGGUUGAAAACAAGGACGAACGAAGGCUUUCAUUGCUUCAAGGAGCACUUCGUAUGAUUGAACGUUACAUCCAACUUAAUGCUUCUACACCAGCAUUUUUAGAAGUAUUCGAGAGCACAUUAGAAAUUUUACAAAAGUUAGCAAACUUAAACGGAUGGCAUUCAGAUAUUGAAUCCCUUUUAAUGACUUUGAGUAACAGAUUAGAGAAACAGAUUAGAUUCUGUAAAGAAAAACGUAUCAAGACACCACUUAGAAUGCAAAACCAUCGACCCAUACCCAUUGCUCAGCAUUUACCCAAGUUUGAAAAUGCUUACUCUAUUGAUCGCCACUAUGAUCCUGAUCAUGAACGUGCACAAGCUCGUAAACUUGAAGCACAACUAAAGAAAGAAAAGAAGGGUGCCUUACGUGAACUUCGUAAAGAUAAUCAAUUCAUUGCUAGAGAAAGAGCCAAAGAACGUAAACAAAAGGAUGAAGAAUAUAAUAAGAUGGUUAAAGGUGUUAUGUCAUUAUUAGAAGGCGAACAAGCCGAAUUAAAGCGUCUCUACUUUUCUAUGAUUUUUCCAUAUAAAGUUAAACUAUAGAAUAAAAUUUAAAUCUCAGUGAUACUUUAAGAUUUAAGUUAUCUUAAAAGCUACUUCAUUUUCUGACUGACUUUUUUUUUGGGGGGGAGGAGAGGAAGAGAAGGAGGGGGAGGGGUAAAGAAAGGAAAUAAGGGUAGCAAACACUGUACAGAAAAAAAAGAGAGAAAGAAGACGAUAGCUACAUAUUUAGUUAAUUGAAACUAUUAUAUAUUCCCUAUAAUAAAGGAUUUUCAUUAUAGAAAUUUAUAAUAGUACGCAUUAUAAGCA